ACCUUUCGGUGAAUUGUGAGAACUAAUAUGUAUCAUCCCGCUCUUGGCCGCGUCUCGCCCUUCGUCUUCCCAUCGCCGGCCCAAUGUCCUUCUCGCCACCACUGCGGUGCUUCCGGAUCCCGUCACCAUUAGUCUCGCGCUGCGUUCGAUCAUCGCCGUGGAGCUCUUUUAGGGUUUCGGCCGGCGCCUUAGGUAGAAGGUCGUACAGUUCUUCUUCUUUGCGGAGAAUCGUGACUGCCAAUCUGGACUUCGAUAACGAGCCUGGCGAUGGAAAGGUGGAGGACGCUCGUGCUGGGGAUGUGAAGGAACUGUCUUCUGAUAUCCGUGAUAGAAAGAACGGGAAGAAAUCGUUAAAAGCAUUUUCACCAAAUGAGCUACUGCAGAGGUUAAAGAGAUAUGGAGUUGCAGGAGUACUGUCCUAUGGGCUACUUAAUACUGUAUACUAUUUCACAACAUUUUUACUGGUUUGGUUUUAUAUUGCCCCGGCACCUGGAAAAAUGGGCUAUGCUGCAGCAGUUGAAAGGUUCCUGAAACUGCUGGCGACGAUCUGGGCUGGGAGCCAAGUCACCAAGAUUGUACGUGCAGGAGGGGCUCUUGCAUUAGCUCCUUUUGUUGACCGAGGACUAUCCUGGUUCACAGUCAAGUUCAAGUUCGAAUCAAAGGAACAGGCAUUUGCAGUAAUUGCAGGUUUGUGUUUCGGCCUGGCCCUUGUUCUGUUCUUUGGAUUGACCUUGCUUUGGGCAUAGCUGCCUUUUCUUCAUUUGUUAGAGGCGUUUAAAAAAUACGCAAGAGAUCAAGUAUUUCUUAAUCAGACCCCUGAGGCUGAACAAUACAAAAUUUUUCAUGUUAUGGUUGACAAAAAUCAUAUAAUUAUUUUCAAGAUGCUCAAA